AUGGUGAUGAUGCUGGAGGUCGAGGAUGUGAUGAUGCAGGCCCGUCACCGAUGGAGCGACGACGUCGAGGCGAGACAGCGCAUAGAAGAGAAGAAAGAAGAGAGAAGAGAAGAGAAGAGGAGGACAGGAAGAAGAGAAGAGGCGAAGAUGCAGAGAAGAAGAAGAAGAAGCGAAGAUGUGAUAUCAGAAUCCGAAUCCGAGCCAGAAGCAAAAAGCAGAAGAAGAAGACUAAGAGAAGAGACUGAGAGUGACCCCUUUUUGCUUCUUCGUGGCUGCAGAAGAGAAGAGAAGAAGAAGAGAAGAAGAGAAGAAGAAGACGCAGCUCAGGGGGAGGCAAGAGAAGAAGAAAGACUUGAAGAAAGACUUGAAGACUUGAAGAUGGACUCGACUUUCUCUCUCUCUCGCUGUCAGUCAGUCUUCAGUCAGUCAGUCAGUUACUUCUACUCUUCUACUUCUCGUCUUCUACUUUAA